UACCCAUGAUUAGAGUCUUCAGAGCCGUCAAACAACAGCAAUUUCCACGCGUUUUCCCCUCGGCCAACAAAGAAAAAGUCGGGGAAGGCGUAGAAAAAUUCUCCGAAAGCUUGUUCUCCCGCCGGCAGUUGGAGUGCGCCGGCGGUUAUCAGGCGAUAUCGACGAGAAAUUUCCAGAAGGGAUUGAUUUGAAGAGGGAAGAAGGGGACAGGGGUUUCUUUUACGGGAGGAGAGAAGCAGGAGGAGCAAGAUGAUGAUGACUACGAGCUCGAUGGGGGCCAUGGAGGCCCCCAUCCUCAACGACAUCAUAAGGAGGUUACUUGCCGGCGGUAAGGGAGGCCGCUUUCGCCAAGUCCAGCUUUCGGAGUUGGAGAUCCGGCAACUUUGCGUCGAGGCCAAGCAGGUGUUCCUCUCGCAGCCAAAUCUGCUCGAGAUACAAGCCCCAAUCAAGAUCUGCGGUGAUAUCCACGGACAAUUCAUUGACCUUUUGAGAAUCUUUGAAUGUGGCGGGUUCCCUCCAUCCUCAACCUAUCUAUUCCUUGGUGAUUAUGUUGAUCGAGGAAAACAAAGCUUAGAAACAAUAUGUUUGCUCCUUGCAUACAAAAUCAAGUACCCUAACAAGAUUUUUCUUUUAAGAGGAAACCAUGAGGAUGCAAAAAUUAAUAGGGUUUAUGGCUUCUACGAUGAAUGUAAGAGAAGGUUCAAUGUCCGUCUCUGGAGGAUUUUUACAGAUUGCUUCAAUUGCUUACCCAUAGCUGCAAUCAUUGAAGAAAAAAUACUGUGCAUGCAUGGUGGACUCUCUCCUGAACUGAUAAGUUUGGACCAAAUAAGAGACAUGCAAAGACCUUCUGAGAUCCCUGAUUAUGGUCUCCUCUGUGAUUUGCUUUGGGCUGAUCCUGACCCAGACAUUGAAGGAUGGGGAAAAAGUGAUAGAGGUGUUUCAUGCACUUUUGGUGCCGAUAAACUUAUAGAAUUCUUAGAGAAGAAUGAUCUUGAUCUAAUAUGCCGCGCCCAUCAGGUGGUCGAGGAUGGAUACGAGUUUUUUGCAAAGAGGAGAUUAGUGACAAUAUUUUCAGCUCCCAACUACUGCGGAGAAUUCGAUAAUGCCGGCGCUUUGUUGAGCAUAGAUAAAUCCUUAAUGUGUUCUUUUGACAUUUUGAAACCUCUAGAAGUGAAAGGAGAGGGUGGUGGCUCUAAAGCCUUGAGACCACUUCCUAAGAAGUUGCCAAACCUGUUUAAUGGAUUAAGGGGAGUUUCCUCUCAGACAAAAGCAGGAGAUAGUGAGUAAGCAGUGGUGAUCUUAGUUGUUCAUGCUAUUUUUGGUGCCAUGUUUAGAAGCCCUGAUCAGCUCUUUUUCUUUCUUACUAGAGGUGUGAAGAAAUUGAAAUUUGUAUAUGUCAGUUAGUUCUAUCUGUAUAGCAAGAAAGGUCCUGUUAAUUUUUUUUUCUUUUUUUAACUUAAUUCACUCUUUUUCUGUGCUUGUACUUGUUUAAAUUAUUGUUCUCCUCUGAUGACUUAAAUGAAGACUCUUGAAAUUAUUUUGCUACCAGUAAAGUUCAUACUGCAA